ACGGUGUGCACUGCUGCAACAGUCUACUCGCGUGUGUCUCUGUCUCUGUCCACGGUCGGCUCGCCGAGUGCCAAACUGAAGGGGCGAACGGGAGAUCGCGGUGUGCGCGAAAGAAGGCCUGAAUCGACUCACGGUUUUCUCGACAAAUUUGGAGUAAAAUUUUUCGCGAUCAAAGACGUUCGAGGCGACCGCGACGCCGCGCUAAACCACCUACGAAGGCCCCUGUUGCCCGUCGACAACUGCACCAGCUCUCGCUGAACCGUUUUGUGAAUACAGUACGCGCGAGCACCUUAAUAUCAAAAUUGCAGGACAAUUAUUAUAAAUGACCCGUAAUUACGAUUGUUCCAGGCGACACACACUUAUUUACUCCCCCCGGUUUCUCGGGCCGCUGCCUAAUUUAACCCUUGCUUCUGGAAAUUCGUGUAAUUCGGACAAAUUGGUCGUAUAAAUAAAUGCAAUAUAUUACACGUACGCGAACAAAUUAAUCUUUUAGCGAACGGGUUCGUCCGACUUGUGAUGUAGGUACGGCUCUUGUUAACGUGAAAACUGAGCGACGAACUUGCGAGAAAACUUGUGUGAGGAUUUUUUUCAAUCGAGUGUUAAAAAUUUUUUACACCGUUUCAUCGUCCGUGGUCGCUGGCCGUCGCCACGUUUUGCCGAUAUUACGAUUCCACCGCGAUUAGGUUUUACUCGUUCUCCUCGUUUCUGCCAAAACAGUGUCCGACAGUGACUAUGUUUCGGUUCUUCGUCAGCUGUCCGAGUUCAGCCCUGACCAAAGAUCCAUCAGUGUCGAGCUGACGUUCGGUGAAUAGACAACCGAUUGUCUAGAGUGCUCCCGCAGGCCUUCUUCUCCAAGGAUCGUUCGAUUUUUCCAGAAUUUUGGAUUUGGAUUUGACCAUAAUUUAAUACCAACCCUCCCCGCCAGGGAUGAGAGGAAUACUAAUUCAGUGACAAUUAAAAAUAGUUUCCACAACUUACGUAUUGGUUGUUGUUGUCUAAAUUCUUAAACCAAAAAGGAUCUCGUGCAGUGACCGUUAAACUCAGUGAUCGAAACAUUAUACAGAUUCAAAUAACAACGAAUAGUAUAAUUGUUAAUAAUCAGUGUCGGUACAAUAACAUUAAAAAAAAAAAAAUACUCCAGCAAUGCUCCAGAGUGAAAAGAAACCGGUGACGAAGCUUUUCUGGAAAUAACCCGUCGAUAUAGCGGUAAGAAAAAUAAUCUCGUCGAGCUUCAAGUUCCCACCCUUGUACGAGGCAUGAGAAGAGCGAGGACGAACACCGCAGCGUUUCGGACUUAAUAAAAAAAAAAGUGCGGUAGAGGCAGAGAAGAAGCGGUAAACCACCGAGCAUUCGAAGCGAGGCGAGGAAAACCGCGUCGCCCGAAUAAGAAUAUCCGUCCUGCGGUAAAUGCGCGGCCCUCGUCUGUCAGAGCGAUUAUCGAGGCGUAGUUGAGGCCCUGUUUGAGGCCAGCCCCAAAAUUCGGGCCCCGAGCGGCAUCGGGGCGUCGGCGACGGCGACGGCAAGAGGCGGCUGCGGCGGCGUCGGCCUUGUGUCAACGGUGGAGCGACCGGGAAGUACAACGACGCUUAACUUCACGGACCUGGGUAGCCCCUUCGGGGCGGGCGACCCGUGUCCGUCGAGCACCCCGACGCCGAACAGCAUGAGCGGGGGCCCGUCGGGGGGCGGGGGCGGCGGAGGUGGAGGCGGAGGCGGCAGCGGCGGAUCGGAUAUGGAGCAGCAUCUCCACCACGCGGGUCUGGGCUCGGUGACGCCAGGGCCGGCGGGAAACGGGGGCGACAGCGCAUCGAGCACGCCGGUUUCCCAAUCGGGGAAGUCGGCGUUCAUCGAGCUGCAGCACAACAACCUCUACAACCCGGCCAGCCUCCGGGGCGGCUAUCCCGGGGGACACAACGUCCCCGGCUCCCAUCAGUUUUCCCAUCAGGUCGGAUCCCUCGGGCACCAGGGAUCCGCUCCCGGAGGCGGGAACCAGCAACACGCCGAAAGCGGCUUUCCCAGUCCCCGAUCGGCCCUGGCCGGCUACCCCUUCGCCCCCAUGCAUCAGCACAACACCUACGGAUAUCACCUUGGAUCCUACGCGCCCCAGUGUCCAUCCCCGCCCAAGGAUGGCGAGUACCCGAACUGGUGGUGCCUGUUCGCAGACCUCUCCCCGUUGGGCGACAAGAGCGGCUCCCUGGUGGACGAGCUUGGCGGUGGUGGCGGUGGAUCCUUGAGGAACGGAAAGGGGAAGAAAAUGAGGAAACCAAGGACGAUCUACAGCAGCCUUCAACUACAACAGCUUAACAGGAGGUUCCAGAGAACACAGUACCUCGCUCUUCCCGAAAGAGCAGAACUCGCCGCCAGUCUUGGACUUACGCAGACACAAGUGAAGAUCUGGUUCCAAAACAGGCGAAGUAAAUAUAAAAAGAUGAUGAAGGCAGCGCAGCAGGGAGGCGGCGGAGGCGGAGGUCAGCAUGGAAGCCUCCUCGCCGGAGGAACUGCGCUCCCGGGUGGUCCUUCGCCCCAGCCGGGACAGCCAGGAGGUUUGAUGCAAGGAGGUGGAGGAAGUUCCGUGUCCGGAAGUCCGACGACGGGGUACCUCGGAGGAAUGGGGGGCGGCGGGGGCGGGCACACCCCCGGAAGUUCCAGUCCUGGUAGCGAAAUGUCGCCCCAGCACAACGAGAGCCCGCCGGCGCCCGUCUGGCCCGGGGAGAUGAAGCAUCACCCCCACCCCCACGGGCCGCCCCACACCCACCACCACCCCCACACGCCAGGACACCAUCCGCCCCCGCCGCCGCCGCCGCCCCACCACGCCGGCUACAUGCCGCAGUAUUCUUGGUACCAGGCGGACCCGAAUCCAGGACUACUGACGGUCUGGCCAGCGGUUUAACGAAAAGGUCCACCUGCCGCAAGCUACCUUCGAAUUGAUAAUGCGCUGCCGCAGAUCUGAAACGCCUGAAACUAACUCGUCUGCUCUUCGUCGAUGGAGAAAAUGAAUUUUGAGGACACUGAACAGGGUUGAAGAAUCGUUAUACGGCCGUUCUAUAAGUGGUGCUGUGCUAUAUUAUGUGCGUGUGACGUAACGAAUGCUUUUAUGUAUAUUAUCAAAAACGUAAGAGAAAAAUACGAAAGGAACAUGUAACAAAUGAUGAGAAACUAACGAAGAAAUCGCUGCUACACGGCAAACGUUAAAACUAAGAGUUAAUUCAUAAUAACCGGUAUAUAAUAAUAAUUAUUAUUAUUGAUACUGCUAUUGUAAAAAAUAUAAGUGUAAUUUUUGGUGAAAUUAGUGUUUAGUGGAAGGUAUUUGUAUUUUCUUUUUUUUUUUUUUCCCCUUUGGUUUUCUUCUUUUCUUCGUAUAAAUUUAGUUCCCCCCGGGGGGGAAUAAGGAAAGAAGUGAAGAACUCCUGUAAUAACGUAAAGAAAGAACUUGAAAGAAAUCUCGACGAGGGUUAAAAUCGAACGAUAUUUUGUAAACGUCGUCAAAUAUGUACCCUAAAUCAUUCAAGAAAACCGGUGAUAUUUUUUAUUUAUUGUGCCGUUUGUGUCGAUGUGCCCAGAAUAAACUUAAAAAAACAAAAAAAUUGCACGAACCAGUUCAAGGAAUAAAAAAAAUAAUAAUAAUAAUAAUAAAUAAAUAUUUAAAUAAAAUGAUAAUAAAAAAGAAACCUACAACAAAAACGAACAAUAUAAUACGAUCGAACCAGUGAAAUUAAGAAGAAUCAACGUGGUUUUAUAUCGCAGAAAGGAUAUUUAAUAUCAGUGGUAAAAAAUGAAUUUGUCUUCUAAUAACGAAAAAACAUGAAGUGCAGCUUCGAUAGUUUGUACAUUGCGAGAAUCUUGUAAAAUAUCAUAGAUAUUCGUGUACGUGUAACGUAAGUAGCUAUAAUUCAUUCCUCGCGUCAUGCAAACCAAAUCAGUAACACGGUUUAAAUUAUUCCUGAUUUCAAUUUUGCGAAAAAGAAAGAUAAGCAUUAGAGGAAAGGAGAGAAAAAGACCAAAUGACCAACUUUUAGAAACGAUCGAAGUAUACCUUAAUCGUUAUUCAAAAAGAUCGAUUUGCUCCGUAUACGCGAACAGGAAUCUCGAUGCAUGCCUGCAAUAAUAAAGUGAAAAAACAAAGCGUGAAUCAACAGCACAAAAAAUUUAUCAUCAUUGCAGAGAUUCCAUAAUAUAGCACGCUUACUCAGAAACGGUAUAAUCGUUAGAAAAUGUGGGUUUAUUAUUCUCCUUCUUCCUCUGUUUUAUUCUUGCCCGAAAAGCCCGAAUAAGGUGGGAGAAAAAUUUAACGAUAGAAUCGAAAGAAAAUAGCGUGGAACAAAAUUGUAAGAAAAUAUGUAAAAAAAUUACUCGGGAUAGUUAAAAUCCGACGCACGUGCGAUAUCUUCGCGACACGAGUAAUUCACCAGUAUUACAUGCUAAAUUAUGAAAGAAAAUGGCGUCGCGGUUGAUCGCUGCCUAGAAACUUUGCUGCAUGGUGCACGACACGCAAACAGAAAAAUUUAGUUCCAUUUGUUUUCCGUAUUUCCUGUAAUAUAAAAAUGUUUUCGUGCCGCGGUUGAAUAAUCUCGAGAGAAAAUCGCUGCACGAUUGUUGUUAUUUAAUAUAUAUAUAUAUAUAUAUAUAUACAUAUAUAUAUGCACAUAUAUAUGUAUAUGUAUGUCUUUUUUUUUUUUUCUUUCUUUUUACAAUUUCUUCUCGUUUUAUUUCCCCGCGAGUCUUCGAGUAUACGCCGUUGAGGUUAUGCAUACACGAGGAGAUUUUAGCGAGCGAAACGAGGCAAUUAUAACGAGAGAAGACAGCCGUCCGUCUCCUUUUCGGAUGACGCAACAAAGCUGCCCUCCUCCGAAAAGGAGACGAGAAUAUCCCCGGACCGUAAUUAUAAUCGUAAUCAGAAUAACCAUAACCAUAACCAUAACCAUAACCAUAAUAAUAAUCGCGGUGCUGGCUGGUUACCCCGCAUCCCGACGCUGAAACGCACGCACUGCAGUCUACCUGCCUUAUGCCUAUACAUAUUACAUACACACUACCUACAACUAAGAAACGCAUCAAGUCAGGUUUCAUUAAGCCCGCAAAAACGGUAGCCCUGAGCACCGCGCUGAUUCAGCCUCCGCUCUAAGAUCUGUGACAUUCUCGGUACGCUUUCAUUUAAACGAUAGUACGGAUUCGAUGGCGUUGUUGUACGACGAUUACAGGGUGUAACGAUUACGAUCACGAGUCUUGCACAUCCGACAUUUUCACUGGCGAAAUAUUCACCUUGGCAAAAAGAUAGCGAAAGCUCUUUCGAUGUUUUCAACCCAGUUCAGUUUUUCAUGCAGUCCUUUGACGGUUGAAUAUAGAAACUAGAAGUAAUGUCUCGUGCCAACCAGUUUAUCACUCCGUUCAAUCACGAUACACAGAUUGUAAUUUAUUCUCGUAAUCAGGGCUGGUUUUGAUUCGAAAGUUGAUGAGCAAGGUUUCAUUCAUCGACUAUUCGUAUAUAUACGCUUCAGAAAAAUCAUGGCCUGAUUGCCUGAUACUAAUUUUCAUGGUCAAUGGUCAAGAAGAAGAGAGCACUAUAGUCAGUCAGUCGGUAAAACUCAUUACCGGAUUUCAAAAUGAUUUACAAAUGAAAUAGAAAGACGUUCUGUGCAAUCUUUGCAACAGUUUUGUUCAUAAUGACCGUGUAAAAGUUUACAGAAAAUUUACGGAGGUUGAUGAUUUUUUCAAAAGUACCGUAAGAGCUGUUUAAAUUAUGUGCUUGACAAUUUUAUUUAUGUUGUGUUUAGCUUUCGAUCGUUUGAAUUUUUGUUUGUAUUAGUUCCUUAAUUCCAAAUCUCCAUUGCAACAAACGUGUUUUCAAUCUCCGUUUCAAUCGUAAUCGAAAUUUGAACGACGUCUAAAUGAGAACUCGUCAUUGCCAUGUGUAUAAAGUCAUUGUACAUUAGUACAGAGAUCCGUACAAAAACCAGUCGGUACUACAAUAUACCUCCUGUUGGAUAAUAAUCGUAUGAUUGUAAAAAUGAGUAACCAAAGUCAUAAAAAGGUGAAUAAUAUUCGUUUGUAAAGGCACACGUUGACCAUAUCUGUCCGACACCUACCAUACACAUUAUUACAGGUAGAGUUGAAAAGAAAGCAGAAUCGGAAGGAAAAAAGUAAAAUAAAAUAAAAUAAUAGAAUCCUACUAAAAAAAACUAUCCGUUUCCUCUAUUACACGUGAUGACCGACAUAAAACGAGGCGGGAACAGCCUUGCCUCGGUGUCAAAAGUGAAGUCGAUAAAGAGAAGAAAAAAAACACACACGGUAGACGCACAAGUACGCACUCACUAACAUUUUCACGCGACACGACACAACAGUGAUUGCACAACAAGCGGGGAUUGUGAUGCGCGAACGCGGGAGUGUUUCCCGCCGUUUUGUUUUUGUUUAACUCGGCUGCGUGUAUAACCGGCUACAACCGCGACGGCGGCCAUUUCGAGCUGCUUUGCCUGGCGGCCAUCUUGCGUUGCGCAACUGCCAGAUUAUAAAGGCCAGUGUGCGACACGUCGAAGCGAACCGAAAGAAGGAAAACUAUAGAACAGGGAAUGACGGGAGUUGGAACAAAAUCGCAAAAAGCGGUUACAACCGAAUGGCGGAAAUGUUCGGAUACCCGGGUUCGGAAUUUGUUUUCAACAUAAUUUUUCAUCUUUUGGAUAAUUUUUCCUCUAUCACAUGUUCACAUUUUGCUGUCGUCGUCAUCUUCGUAGUUUCUCACCAAAUUAGAGUGUAAAGUAGUUGAUUCCAGUUUAGGUGAAACGCCCGAUCGAAUGAAUUGGAAUUACCAACAUUUGAGCCACUCGAGGGCUCCGCGAAGGGUCGAGUGACAUGUGUUGAAGGCGUUACGCCCGCACACAAGUUCGAUUCGUUUUUACGAGUCUAAAUGAAAGCUGACAAGUACACGAACACGCAUUAUAUAUACAGAAUUACAGUACGUACAAUACGUCGCACAAGAAUAAAUUUUGCGUGAAGUUUUUAGGACUGGUUAAUUCCGUCUUUGUUAUAAAGUAAUUCCGCAGUACAAAAAAAGGGCUAGGGAAUCGUACGUGCCGACGUCAGACGUUCUUUGAACUAAAGAAAAUUCAAACAAACAAAUUUGUCACAUCUCCGGAUUCCAUACGUAUUUACCGAACACCGUGCGAAUUCUGAUGUUCUAAUUUUUCUAUAAUGUACAAAAAUGAUGUGUGUAUGUAUAUAUAUAUAUAUCAUAGAUAUAAAUAUAGAUAUACAUAGAGAGUAUACAUAUGAUUAAAUAUGUCUUAUGUAUAGGAAGAGAGAAUUAAAUGGACGUCAUUUAUUAGGUGUUUGGUUUGGUGCAAUAAAAUUAAAAUGUAUACACCUAGUUUAUUGGUCGAAUAUAUAGAAGUCGUUGUAUAAGUUCCUAAAUUGCUGGGUUAAAGAGAAAACAGUGAAAAAAAAAAAGAAAACUAAGUUAAAAUCGCCAAAAAGAUGUGUACAACAUAGCUUGCGAAACCUAGAAACGAUCUCGCAUGUACCUACCUAUAAUAUGUAUUACGUCGCACCGCGAUGGCACAAGACGAAUUU